UUUUUUAUUCAGUUAAGCUGCAGGAGGAUGUAUCACCAUGGGCUGCAGCGAGCAAGUUAGUGCUCAUGCGUGAUUGUUGAUUUGCAAAAGUGCACGGCGGAGUUCUUCUCUGGGCUUCCGUUAUAUUCCGUUAUAGUCAAUAUUUUUAUUCUUACCACGAGGCGAGGCGUAAGUCCUGCUCCCCGCAGCUCAUUCCAAAAACACAACUGAGCUAUCAUCACGUUGCUGCCAGGUUUUAUCAGUGGCGUUGCAUGCCUGGACCUGACUGCAGAGUGACCUUGUUGACAUAGAGACGCUCUCACUUCAGGACCAUGUAAAUGACACAUUGCUGAGACCGUACAGCAGGAUUUUCAAGCCAAAAACAACUAUUGCUAUGGACUUCAAGGCUCGGCUUGGCAAGCAUGGCCCUGGCCUGGCUCCGGUCUCAUCUGCCCAGUGCUAACCCAACUGCUGUCACCAGUAUCAACCCUCAGCACUCUUCCAACAAAGCUUGCUGAACAGCACUGUGUAGAGAGCCAUGCUGUCUGGGACAUGGCGGCGUUCUGUGGGGCACCAGCAGUCUGCUGCAGCGCCUGUGGUGGCCUCCAGGGGGCUGACGGUGUGCGGGGUCCCCAGCGGCACGGUGGUCCUCGAAGCCCAGUAUGACUACAACUACCGCGGGGCCGAUGGGCGACAGGUCUGCAUUAGGGAGGGCGAACGCUUUAUUCUGCUGAAAAAGACCAACAGUGACUGGUGGCAGGUGCGGAGGAUUGGGGCAGCCAGUAAAACAAAGCCAUUGUAUGUUCCUGCCACAUAUGUGACAGAGGUACCCAUUGGCCCAGUGGCCUCGCCACAGCGCCUCGUCAUGUCUGCCUCGCUCAACUCCAACCUCAGGUUUCUGCCAAGGGUGUCGCUCUCUCCCAGCCCAACGGCAACAACCUAUAAUGAAUUGCAUCAAGUGAACAAACCCAUCUGUCGCUCCAUGGAAAACCUCAACUCCAACAGUGCCUUCCAGGGGCCGGACAGCAACACCAGCACAGGUGGAGGCCAUUUCCCCACCCUACCUCUCUCUGGAUUCACCUUUACCGCCAACUCUCCCACCUCCCCAUCAGGCCACCUUAUGGUCCCUGCGUCCCCCACAGCUUUCACAGUCCAAACAGUGCCACGGAAUCCCAGGGUGGUUCCCACGAUCACUCGGAGCCAGAGCUCCAGCAACCUGCCUGAAAACCUGACGGAGAACCUGUAUGAUGAGGUGGGCGGUGGCUUGAGCAGUCGUGUCAUCCACAAGAUGCCCAAGAAGUCUUGUAGCCAGUGGGAUGUGGUAGGACCUUCUGGCAAGAACAACCAUCUACAGGUCCCCACAGAGUCCUAUCUGUCCCAGCUGUCCUGGCAGGACUCCCCACUUUACACUGUAAUGCAGCCAGAGAAACGUCUGUCUCAGCCGGAGCCGCCUGUCCCCACCCCAGGUCAGCAGCCUCUUCAGAUCAUGGACAUGUGGGAGCAGUACUCUGACUCGUCCACAGGAAGAACUUUCUACAUCAACAGCAUCACCAAGGAGAGGUCCUGGAAACCCCCUCGCCGGGCCCGUGGGUGCACCACCAGCAAGGGGAGUCCAGUACAACCCCAGACGUUACCAAAGGAAACCAGCCAUCUCUCACUACCACUUCCUGAGGCUGGCAAUGGAACGAUGCACAGGCUGUCACCUGAUUUCCUCUUCGGGAGUCACCAGAGGAACACUGACAGUGGCUGGCAGAUGAAACAGAGCGUGCAGCGUAGCGGCUCCUCUGACACCCUGAGUAUGAUGGCGUUCAGCAAUGCCGAUGCCCAAUGCCGUAACUCUGGCCCCCAACGUGAUAUAAAGCAGCCGCUCAGCCACUCCCAAUCUAUGAUCCUGCCUGAGAAUGGCAAGCUGGUCCAUGAGUCCAAAGAUUACUCCAGUAACGUGACCAACAUCGUCGUGGAGCCUCCAUCUACUGAGACCUCUCCAGACAGCGAUGGCUGCACACCGGAGUUGGAGAAAGCCGGGCUCUUGAACAAGACAAAAAUUGCAGAAGGAGGCCGAAAACUGAGGAAAAAUUGGAGCCCUUCCUGGGUGGUGUUGGUUGGGAACAGUCUGGUUUUCUUCAAAGAUCCUAAAUCACAGACACCAUCUAGCUGGAAACCAGGAAACAGUCGACCUGAGAGCAGUGUGGAUUUAAGAGGGGCACAGCUUCAGUGGGCCAACGAGCUGUCCAGCAAGAAGAACGUUUUCAAGCUGCGGACAGUGACAGGAAAUGAGUUCUUGCUGCAGUCAGAGACAGACUCUCUGAUCAAAGAGUGGUACAGCACCAUCCAGAACGUCAUCGACAGGCUGGACCGUGAAAACCCGUUAGACAAUGUCCUUCUGUACUCUCUGAGGCGGGCGGGCAGCGUGGAGAUGCUGGACCACAGUGGAGACGAGGAUGAUAGGAGGACGUCACUCCCUCGCUCGUCAUCCAACCUGGAGAACACAGAGAGGAAGAGAGUGAAGACCCGGCUGAAGAAGCUGAUCCUAAAGAGACCUCCUCUGCAGGCACUGCAGGAGAAAGGGCUCAUUAAAGAUCAGGUGUUUGGCUGUCGUCUGGAGAUGCUCUGUGAGAGGGAGCAGAACACUGUCCCUCGCUUCGUCAGACUUUGCACUGCAGCUGUGGAAAAGAGAGGACUGGACACUGACGGUAUCUACAGAGUAUCGGGGAACCUGGCAGUGAUUCAGAAACUGCGCUUUCUGGUGAAUCACGAGCGAGCGGUGACCACCGACGGCCGUUACAUGUUCCCAGCGGCAUUGGUGCAAGAGGAGAAGCUGAAUUUGGACGAGAGUGACUGGGAGGACAUUCAUGUCAUCACAGGAGCUUUGAAACUUUUCUUUCGUGAGCUUCCCGAGCCCCUGGUGCCCUUCGGCUUCUUCACCGACAUCGUGGAGACAGUCAAGAUGUCAGACUACAUGGACAAAGUGGAUCGUUUGAAGUGUCUGGUACUCAACAUGCCUCCUCCAAACCAUGACACACUGCAGUUUAUGUGUCGCCAUCUCAAACGAGUGUUGGAGCAUUCAGACACGAACCGAAUGACCACCCAGAACAUCGGCAUCGUGUUCGGACCGACCCUUAUGCGCCCGGAGCGGGACAAUGGCAACAUGGCAGUGAAUAUGAUUUACCAGAACCAGGCAGUGGAGCUCAUCCUCAGCGAGUUUGACCACAUCUUUGGAAGAACAGGCCCCUCUUGAACUUUUUGGACAGAGGGGGUUCAAAAAUCUCCUCCAGAUCAGACAAAAGCACAAGUAGUGCAGCGUUUGUCCUCUUUGCCUGUUGAGUCAUGUGGUGUAAAAUGGAUUUCACAUCAAAAGAUAAUUACGGGGUAAAAAGAACCAGGACAGAAAGCUGCUAAUCGUGACAUCUGGCCUGCACAUAAAGCCAUGUUAAAACAAUAAUAGUAAAACAAACCAAUUUUAGCUGCAAUACUUGUGUCUUUGAUUGCAGAUGUGGAGCCCAGCCCUUGUGUUCUUUACAGCUGGAGCCUCCAUGUCACUUUUACUUGACGUUACAGACUUGAUCAGGAUAAAUAAAAGCCAUGAAGGUGAUGCAUCUCCUCCAGCUGGAGUUUUAAUCAGUUAUUCAUCAAGGAAGGGUGUGUCUUAAAGUAGCACUGAAACAAAACUUAGCAGAACCAUCUCACUGUGAAAACAGAUGUAUCAGCACCUCUUGCAGCAGGGAUGGACAGAUCCCACCUGCAGUGGGUAGCAUGGAUAUACUGUAAAAUAUGCAAACAAGGAGGAAGCGAGCUUGGUGCAUAAAUGUGCCCGCAUCUCUGCUGAGUUCUACAGUGUUAGAUGAAGACUCUUUUAGGUUUAUUUCAGAGUUCAGAGGUGAAGUUCAACAGGGAAGUCAUCAUAAAUAGAAAAAAAUGCAUUUUUCAGUCAUGGGAUGAAUUUGCCAAGAGGGCAGUUCCUUUGUACCAAAUAGUAAUUUUUAGUUUGUGGACCCUUUUAAAACUUUCCUCAUUGUACAAAUUUGGAUCAGUCUUAUAUUUUUACUAGUGCAAACUCCAAUAGAUUAAGUUAAAAAUAUUCAUUGUAAAUAUGUGAAUUAAAAAGCUGUCUUUGUCAACUAGUAGCACUUUGCAUACAGUUUGUGUGACGUGACAUUAUAUAUUAGACAAAUUCAAACUGAUACAUUUGCUUUGUGUCAUUGAGAUGUUGCUCGGACCUGAUUGUUAUCUCUCCUGCAAUAAAAAAGGUGAACAAA